CCCCGAGCCUCAUUGCGCCAUUCAUUCUUCCGACUUCCCAUUGCUUCCAUUUAGGAUUUGGUUUAAUCAAACAAAAUCGACCUGCCAUCUUGGGACCCGCGUAAACGUGAAAGACCCGUUUCUAUUUUCUCUCAAAAGGCCUAGUUGCCCAGGCCUGAACAGCCUCAGCACAUAUGACCUUGCGGAAGCCCGGAACCUGUGUAACUGAAACCUUUGACUGGUUUCUUUGAUGAAAGCGGAACGACUCGACGAGUUAUGCUGAACAACCAUGAGCAUAUCUUUGAACAUUGUUCGAGUGAACAUUAUGUUGAAAGACGGGAAUUGAUGGACAAAGAGUACUCGAUGUUCUCAAUACGAAUUGCACAAAGUAGAGUCGAUGUUCUCGAUUAUUGUUCAGUCGAAGCUAUGUUCACUUCCAAGGUUGACCCUAUGGGCCGACCUUCAAGGUCGCCAUGAUGGACUCGUCAAUCGACUACAUAUUUCUUUAAAUAAGGUACUUUCACGAACCUUUUCUACACUCACAGACUCAGUCUUCCACGCAAAUCACAGAGCCAAUUCACCUCAAACCAAACCGUGACUUAAAUCAGGUCUGUAUACCGAAUCAAAGCCCAACAUGUCGUACUCAUCACAACGUUACGAUCUUGACGCUGCGGCAGCUAGGAAGCGAAACUCCGUCUGUUCGAACCAUGGUGCUUACAGUGACUAUGACCGGCGUCGCAACAGCAGGUCCUCAAGUAGUCGAACUUCUGACUCGUACUCACGCAGGUCUGGCGAAUUCGAAAUGCCUUACGAUAUGAGGUGGGAACAACAACAUCAUCAUCCCAGGAGAGAUCAGAACCUGCGCCCGAGAAGGGGCUCAGCUUCUUGCCCAGUAUUGGACGAUUACUCUCAUUUGAACAGAGAGCGCCGUGCGAGCAAUGACCGACGACGCCCUCGCUCUGACAGAGGGCGGGAUCGUUCGCCACAGGAGGAGAUCAACACAAUGCUCAACAGUGGUCGGGCACCAAAAAUCAAGCGAGGUUCAACCUAUGGUACUUACAUCAUGCCCCUCGACAUGCAAGGACAGUAUCAAACUCCGGACCCCACGAAAUGUACUUGCAGAUGUUGCCCCCAUCCGACAGGUAUCUCCCAUAGCCACGAUAACUAUGGACAUAUGUCCGACGUGCAUGCUACCAGUCAAAGCCGUUCGCAUCCGCCCCACAGAUAUAACCGCAAGGGCAGGCCUAUCUUUGAGGUAUAUGACAACACAAGGAAUGGAAUGCGAUGCGAAAACAGUUUUUCGUUUACCAUUUCAGUUAACCCCCGAGCAUCAUGUGAUCGCAUCGUGGCCUUCUUGGCACCCGACAAGCGGUAUGCCAAGGUUCUAGUGCACUGGAAUAACGGGACGGUGCAGAAGCUUGACAGCCAUGUUCCGAUGGGUGAUCUUCUAGAAUACGCAGAAUAUCUCGAGAUCAGGGAGGUAAAGCAGGUGCGCUGGGCAGCUUGACUACCGGCGUAUCAUGAUGUCAAGAAGGAUGUAGAUCGGGUGAAGUGGGCAACCUCACAAUUGGCGCGGGCGCCAGAUGUGAAGAUUGAAGGUGGUAGAGGAGACAUUUUGUGGAGAUUGAUGGUUGAAGGGUGAGCAGUAAGACACGGAUGAAUAUGAUGAUAUCGGCGAGUGUAAGAGUAGUUUUGGAUAGAAAAACACAAAUAUACGAGAAAAUAUACUCUGAGGCCUGCAUCGUCAAGUCCCAUGAUA